AUGUACUCCAAGGAGCAGUCCUAUGAUAUGGAGCAACAGCAAGAGCUACUGGACAACAACGUGGACACCAACGGUGUCAUGGAGUCAGGUCGAUGCAACAACAACGGCAGUCUCGGCUCACUGGGUGGUGUUCGUGUCUCCGGCAUGACGGGAGGACCGGCAGACGGCCUCUAUGACGGUCACGGUGUGGUACCCAGCUCUCUGGCAGUUGCUCAGCAACAGCAGCAGGGCACCAAUCUGCGAUACGUCACCCUGCCCCAGAUGCACCACCAGCUCGGCCUCAAUCACGUGAUCCCCGGCGAGUAUAUGCACGUCGCAGCGGGCUACCCCGGCGGCCCCAACUCCGGCAACCAUGUGGUGAGCAUGCAAAACCCCGCCCUCAUCAGUGCUGCCAUCAACUCCCAGGCCUAUCAGACCCUACCGCCCUCAAUGAGCCAAAUGCAGGCCAAUACGACGCAGGCUCCAACACAGUCCUUCGAUCGGUGUCCCGCCAUCUGCAGCCUCUUCGCCAUCUUCUGCUGUCCCAUCACCUGUUGGUGCUCCUUCCCCGCCCUGGUCUACUCUGUCUGCGCCUACAGCGACUAUCGAGCCAGUGACAUGUACGAGUACCGUAGCAAAAGCGAUGUCGCUCGACGCCUGGUCAUCAUCGCUUGCAUCAUCGGUCUGAUUCUGUGUAUAUGCUGGGCCAUCUUGACAUUCCUCUACUAUGAACCCAUGCUAGCCCUUCUGGGUGACAUUAUACGCGCGGUGCAGAGACACCUGCGCUUGGCGCUGUAG